UGCAAAUACCCACCACCAAGAGCGCGGUUACAAAACUCAAUAGACUUGCUUCUUGUCUUUGUCGUUCCUCUGUUUAGACUUCAAAAAACUUCUCUUAGUAAUCGAGAACCUGAAGACCCAAUGGCUUCUCUCUAUCAACUCGCUCAAUUCCCGUGUAAGACUCUUUCUUCAACCCCACCUCAUCGCCAGCUCUUCACUGUAAAACCUUCGAUUCUUCCUCUGAACUCAGCCAAGCUUUCGCAAAGAAUUAUUAGCAAGUCUCUGAAUUCUAGGCCCGUGUUCGUGACUAGAGCUGUGGACGACGGCGACGAGUUGGGACCCGAUAAGGAGGAAGAAGGUGGCGCUGUGACCGUGGUAGAGGAGGAGAAGCCCAAAGAAUUGACGGAGAUUGAUAACUUAAAGAAGGCUUUGGUGGAUUCGUUCUAUGGGACCGAUCGUGGAUUGACGGCGACUAGCGAAACGAGAGCGGAGAUCGUUGAGCUUAUAACACAGCUGGAAGCUAAGAAUCCAACACCUGCACCAACCGAGGCUUUAACUUUGCUUAACGGCAAAUGGAUUCUUGCGUACACGUCCUUUCCUGGCUUGUUCCCUUUAUUGUCAGGGGGUUCAUUUUCAUUGGCAAGAGUGGAGGAGAUAUCACAGACAAUCGACUCAGAGAGCUUCACUGUACAGAAUUCUAUCCAGUUUUCUGGGCCAUUGGCCACAACAUCUUUUAGUACCAGUGCCAAAUUUGAAAUCCGAAGUCCCAAACGUGUGCAGAUCAAGUUUGAAGAAGGCAUCAUUGGGACCCCUCAGAUAACAGACUCAAUAGUUUUACCGGAAAACUUUGAAUUUCUAGGACAAAAGAUUGACCUCUCCCCACUAAGAGGCUUCUUCACUUCAGUCCAAGACACAGCUUCAUCUGUUGCAAAGACCAUUUCUAGCCAACCGCCACUCAAAUUCACAAUCUCAAACAGCAAUGCACAGGCCUGGUUACUAACCACAUACCUCGAUGAAGAGCUUCGCAUUUCAAGGGGAGAUGUUGGCAGUGUGUUUGUGCUCAUCAAGGAAGGAAGCUCUCUCUUGACGCCAUGAACCCACCAAAAAGGUUGGAUUCUUAAAAUAAUCCAUGGGGUAUGGACAACUCAGAAACAUGAUUGCAUUAUUGGGUACUUGAUUUCAGAAUAAUAGUAUGGUUUUAUCUGCUUCUACCAGUAGCUCGUAUUCCAUGUAAACUCUGAACCACAGCCUUUGUGAUUUUAAGACUGGAAUUCUUGUUGCGAAGUACAGGAAACUUGAAAUGGGCCACAAAUCUUAUGAAUUUAAUGUGAAUACAGGAAAAUCUUCUUGCGAUUACUUCGCAUCAA